CUUCACCAGCACCUUUGACUUCAGAGCAAUUCCAUUGCAUCGCACCGCAUAUAACGCGCGCCGGCACAAAGGAGAACGAUUUGGAGUCAGAGCGCUGACUGCUGGACACUCAUCCCUGGAGUAACGGGACAGAAGCAAACCGUCCACUGUAAAACGCUCCUUUGGACCAUUUUGCGCACAAACGCGAAUGGACAGCGUCAAACUUGGACCUGACAGUUCAUUUAAGGUCAAAUUACUAACAAACAUGGAGCGCAAAAUCCCUGACUUCUCCGGCACCUGGGUGAUGAAGAGCUCAGAAAACUUCGAGGAGAUGUUGAAAGUGUUGGGUGUAAAUGUGUUACUGCGGAAGAUCGCAGUCAAGGCGGCCUCCAAACCGCUGGUGGAGAUCACACAGAACGGAGAGACUCUGUCCAUCAAGACAUCAACCUCCGUCAGGACCACCGACAUAACCUUCACCGUGGGACAGGAGUUCAGCGAGGCCACAGUGGAUGGACGCCCAUGCACGAGUUUUCCAUGUUGGGAGACAGACAGCAAGAUCAGCUGUGAGCAGACUCUGUUGAAAGGGGAAGGACCUAAAACCUCCUGGACCCGCGAGAUAACCAAAGAAGGGCAGCUGAUCCUGACAAUGCGAGCGGAUGACGUGAUAUGCACCAGACUCUAUGAACGGCAAUGAACAAGAGCACUUCUCACUUUUCACCCUUCCAGCCUGUCUCUCCCGCCUCACCGCUCCCGUCACUCCCCGAUGUUGAUAGCCACAUGUAGAAUGUAUUUUUUUUUGUGCCAUAAUGUACCCACAGUAUAUGUCGUAUAAACUUUGUCCGUAGCUCCUGAGUUAUCCGUCUGUUUUUGCAGCUCCUGCUUAUGAUUUCAACAUGUUGUCUUGUAUAUGUGAUUUGACUGACAGUCAGCACAUUUGGCGUUACACGUACAUGUGCAUGGUUGCAGCAGAGGGUGUUAUCGAUGAUAUUUGUUGUUUUGUGGAAACCAAAUUGUGAGCUGUUUCAGCUCAGUUGUGACCCUCCUUUAUUUCUUUAACCCUGCUCCAUAACUUUGACAUUUUCUAUAGAAUGACAGCUUUUUGAUAUUUAUUAUCACGCUACUGUCUGAUACAGUACUGCUUGAGUUUUUACUUUGAGUCUCUUUUAUAUGACAUGUCUGAAGACUUUCUCAAUAAACCAUAAUAUUAC